AUGAAGCUAAAGUGCCAAAGGGGACACAAAGAAAAUAAAAACGAAUAUGGAAAGGGCGAAGGGGAGGAUGAAGAAGAGGAAGAGGAAGAAGAAAAUGAAGAUGAGGAAAUAAGCAAAGAUUUAAGUAAUUUUGAGAUAAGUAUAAUAAAGAGUGAACAAUCUUCAUUUACACAAUCCCAGAGUGAUACAGAAUUAUUGGAAGAGGAGGAAGAGAAAAAUGAAGAGGAUGAGGAGAAGGUAGAAAUUUUUAUAAAGAAAGCAUUGAAGGUUCUAAUAAAAUUGCAAUAUAAUAAGGAAAAAUUAUGCUAG